AUGAGUAAAUUACAAGAGCCUUCAGGCUACGAUGAGAAGACAAGCUAUGUCGAUGAGAUUGGACAAGAUGCCAGUGUCGGGGAGGUUGUGGAAUUAUAUGAAGCAUCCCCUGAGGAGGAGCGUCGACUACUACGGAAAUUGGAUUUAUUUAUGAUCCCUGUUAUGGGAAUCUGUUAUAUGUUACAGUACAUGGAUAAAUUGGCACUCAGCCAAGCGACACUCUUGAACCUGAGAGAAGAUCUGGGCCUUGUUGGCCAACAAUAUACAUGGUGCUCGGCAAUCUUUUACUUUGGCUACUUGGCUUGGGCUUGGCCUACCUCCUAUUUGAUCGUCCGCCUUCCUUUGGGAAAGUACCUUGCUGUAUCUGUCUUUAUCUGGGGAGGAAUUCUUAUGUGCCAUGCUGCCUGCCAGAAUUACGGUGGCUUGAUCACCGUGCGAUUCUUCCUUGGAGUUGGUGAAGCUGCUGUCGCACCAGGAUUUGGUCUCAUCACAGGAAUGUUCUACAAAAGAGAAGAGCAACCUGCUCGUCAGGGCGCAUGGUUCAUUGGAAACUGCAUGGCCAACCUCAUCGGAGGUGUGAUUGCAUGGGGAAUUGGAAACUCCGCUUCAAGCCUGCAGAGCUGGCGUCUGUUGUUCCUCGUGCUUGGUGGCAUCACCUCGGGCUACGCCAUCCUCCUCUUCUUCGUCCUCCCCGACUCUCCUGCGACAGCAUCCUUCCUGACACAAACCGAACGCAAGAUUGCAGUGCAGCGAACAAUGAAGGACAAGACAAGCUCUACGGAGGCCACAGAGGUGUUUGACUGGAGUCAAGUCCGCGAGGCUGUCAGGGAUCCACAGGCUUGGUUGCUCGUUCUCUACACCUUCUGUGUGAACCUCUGCAAUGGAGGCCUUACUAGCUUCUCCGCAAUCAUCAUUGCAGGCUUUGGAUACUCCGACUUCAAGUCUCUGUUGCUGCAGAUGCCAAUGGGUGCAUCCCAAUUGGUGUUUCUGAUCACCACCGCAGCGAUCGCUACCUACAUCAAAUCAUCGCGUAUCAUGGCUAUGAUGCUCAACGUGAUUGUUGCCGUGAUCGGAAUCGUUCUGAUCUACACACUCAAUGACACUCACAGGGUGGCCAAAUUGCUUGGUCUAGCCUUCGUUGCUGCGUUUGCAGUAAACAUCCCCCUGAGCUUGAGUAUUGUUACUUCCAAUGUCGCCGGAGCGACCAAAAGAAGUACAAUUAGUGUUGCCAUCUUUGCCGCCUACUGUGUAGGUAACAUUGUUGGACCUCAAUUCUUCUUCGCAUCUCAAAGUCCGAAAUACUCGAGCGGAAUUGAAGCUUCCUUGUGUGGAUUAGUUCUCGGAAUCUUCUUCCUAGGCUUGCUAUUUGUGUACUAUGUCUGGGAAAACAGAAGACGGAACUCGAAUGAAGUUGCCGAGAGCACCGAAGGUGCUGGCGACGUCGUUGAAUUGCAGAACAACCGGACAGACAAGCAAAUACCUGGCUUCCGUUAUACGUUAUAA